AGUCUGGAGCCUGUAACCAGCAGAACUGUCCAAUCCACUGUGAGCUCAGCGACUUCUCCACAUGGUCCCAGUGCUCGCCCUGCACCCUCACACAGCUGAGGACUCGUAUGGUCCUGGUCCCGUCUCAGUUUGGAGGAGCUCAGUGCAGUGAGCCGCUGGUCGAAGAACGUCAGUGUCACUCAUCGAGGGUCUGUCGCCUCCCAUCCAUCACCUGCAGAGACCAGUACAAGUGCGACAACGGCCGCUGUUUGAACAACACUCUGACCUGCAACAAUCAAAACGACUGCGGAGACAACUCCGACGAAACCAACUGCAGCUCCACCUCCUCCGUCUGUCCCAGAGAGGAUCUGCCCUCUGUCCCCGGGGCCGACCUGGUCCAGAGCGGGUGGGACAUUCUGGGUGGUACGUCUCGUGGUGCUGUCUUGGAUCACAGCUUCAUGGGAUCAGACUGUGUCCUGCGCAGACCUCCAGGAGAAGUGUCCUAUUACCGAGUCCCUCACAACAUGCAGGCCUUCAACAUCAAGGCGGACCGUGUGGAGGACUUUGCGUCGGACCCCCAGCCUCUGCAGACGGAGAGGGUGGACUUUAGGACCUCUCGGGAACAGGUCGGGUCAGAGCAGCCGAGCAGCGACCUCCUCUUCCUCUUCUUCUACUUCGGCAGCGGCUCCAGCUCCGGCAGCAGCUCCAAGAAGGCGGCCUUCGAGUCCUCCAAGACCAAGGUGUGUCCAUCACCUCCUCCUCCAUCACCUCCUCCAUCUCCUCCUCACACCUCCUCCAUCACCUCCUCCAUCACCUCCUCCAUCACCUCCUCCAUCACCUCCUCACACCUCCUCCAUCACCUCCUCCAUCACCUCCUCCAUCACCUCCUCACACCUCCUCCAUCACCUCCUCCAUCACCUCCUCCAUCACCUCCUCCAUCACCUCCACCAUCACCUCCACCAUCACCUCCUCCAUCACCUCCUCCAUCACCUCCUCACACCUCCUCCAUCACCUCCUCCAUCACCUCCUCCAUCACCUCCUCCAUCACCUCCACCAUCACCUCCACCAUCACCUCCUCCAUCACCUCCUCCAUCACCUCCACCAUCACCUCCUCCAUCACCUCCUCCAUCACCUCCUUCAUCACCUCCACCAUCACCUCCACCAUCACCACCUCCAUCACCUCCUGCAUCACCUCCUCCAUCACCUCCAUCAUCACCUCCACCAUCACCUCCUCCAUCACCUCCUCCAUCACCUCCUCCAUCACCUCCACCAUAACCUCCACCAUCACCUCCACCAUCACCUCCUCCAUCACCUCCUCAUCACCUCCAUCACCUCCUCACACCUCCUCCAUCACCUCCUCCAUCACUUCCUCCAUCACCUCCUCCAUCACCUCCUCCAUCACCUCCUCCAUCACCUCCACCAUCACCUCCUCCAUCACCUCCUCACACCUCCUCCAUCACCUCCUCCAUCACCUCCUCCAUCACCUCCUCCAUCACCUCCACCAUCAGCUCCUCCAUCACCUCCUCCUCCAUCACCUCCACCAUCACCUCCUCCAUCACCUCCUCCAUCACCUCCUCCAUCACCUCCUCCAUCACCUCCUCCAUCACCUCCACCAUCACCUCCACCAUCACCUCCUCCAUCACCUCCUCCAUCACCUCCUCCAUCACCUCCUCCAUCACCUCCUCCAUCACCUCCACCAUCACCUCCACCAUCACCUCCUCCAUCACCUCCUCCAUCACCUCCUCCAUCACCUCCACCAUAACCUCCACCAUCACCUCCACCAUCACCUCCUCCAUCACCUCCUCAUCACCUCCAUCACCUCCUCCAGCACCUCCUCAUCACCUCCUCCAUCACCUCCUCCAUCACCUCCUCCAUCACCUCCACCAUCACCUCCUCCAUCACCUCCUCCAUCACCUCCUCCAUCACCUCCUCCAUCACCUCCACCAUCACCUCCAUCAUCACCUCCACCAUCACCUCCUCCAUCACCUCCUCAUCACCUCCAUCACCUCCUCCAGCACCUCCUCAUCACCUCCUCCAUCACCUCCUCCAUCACCUCCUCCAUCACCUCCUCCAUCAUCUCCUCAUCACCUCCUCCAUCACCUCCUCCACCUCCUCAUCACCUCCUCCAUCCCCUCCUCCAUCCCCUCCUUCAUCCCCUCCUCCAUCACCUCCUCCAUCACCUCCUUAUCACCUCCUCCAUCACCUCCUCAUCACCUCCUCCAUCACCUCCUCAUCACCACCUCCAUCACCUCCUCAUCACCUCCUCCAUCACCUCCUCAUCACCUCCUCCAUCACUUCCUCAUCACCUCCUCAUCACCUCCUCUAUCACCACCUUCAUCACCUCCUCAUCACCUCCUCAUCACCUCCUCUAUCACCACCUCCAUCACCUCCUCAUCACCUCCUCCAUCACCACCUCCAUCACCUCCUCAUCACCUCCUCCAUCACCUCCUCAUCACCUCCUCCAUCACCUCCUCAUCACCUCCUCCAUCACCUCCUCCAUCACCUCCUGCAUCACCUCCUGCAUCACCUCCUCCAUCACCUCCUCCAUCACCUCCUGCAUCACCUCCUCCAUCACCUCCUCCUUCACCUCCUACAUCACCUCCUCUAUCACCACCUCCAUCACCUCCUCAUCACCUCCUCCAUCACCUCCUCAUCACCUCCUCCAUCACCUCCUCCAUCACCUCCUCCAUCACCGUGUGGUUCGCUGGAGCCACAGUCAGGGACAAACAGAGACUACAGUGUAG